GACGCUAGCUAUUCUAAUGUCAGGGUUUCCAGUGAGCCGUGAUCACGGUCGCGACUGAUUUACCGGAAACAAUGUACAAACAUGACAAUUACAGGCGUACCGUCCUCGAAGCUACCGCGUUGCCCAGGACAAUUGUGCCCACAAAGUUCCUGUUCAUAGAAACCGCGAAUUGCUUCAUUACCACUCAGAUAUUUGCUUGACAUUCAUCAGAAGUGUUUUGUUUUUUCUUGAUUAUUUGUGGUGACAAAGCACAAUUUUUUGCCACAUAGUUAGGUGGUAAUGAGAGCUUAAGCUAGCAUAAAAGAAACCCACUCAAACCUCACCCUAAACCAAAACAAACAGGUUGUUUCAGAGAGGACGGAUUUGCAGUUGGCCGAGUCGCUUUAAUCUGGCAAAGGAUUUUCAAGUCAGGUUUACAGGUGGAAGGAACAGAGUAGAACGCGGCACUUUCAAGAGAAAAAAUGCAGCGAUUAAGCUUCUUCCUCGGGGUUGUGAUAAUUGUUGGCGUAUACGAAGUGCGUCAGUCGAGUUCUAGCAAUUCUGCACAGCUAGUAUUGGAUACGCUUAAGCAGGUGAACUGUGAUCCACUCAAGCAGGUACUAGCGUGCUUCAAGCGCUGGUAUCGCACGUUUGACGGCUCUUGCAAUAACCUGUGCAACGUAGCGCAGGGAUCCGCUGGGUCAAAGUUUGUCCGUUUUGUUCCACCUGCCUUCCAAAACGGUCAGGAUCCUAGAUUUGCGUCCGUGGUUCAACCCUAUCUGCUGGAGAACGCAAGAACGAUCAGUAACACCGUGUUUCUGAGCACGUCCGAAAACGCAGGCGCGGCACCCAACUUCACUCAUAUGACCAUGGCGUGGGGUUCAUUCAUAGACCAUGACUUCACGCUGACUGCGUCCAAUCAGACACAGGGAUGUGGAACCAAUAACGAACCGUGCCCCACUAACAACCCCGGAUGUGUCAGUAUCUCAAUCUCACAGGCAAACCCUGAUGAUCGAUUGAGGAACAAUCUAAGUGCGCAGUGCAUUCCUCUUUCAAGAUCAGCACAGAAGUAUGGCGAGCAGAUCAACCUGGUCUCGUCCUACAUGGAUGGAUCAAAUAUCUAUGGCGUCAAUUGCCAAGAGGCGGAGACGGUCCGAGACCGCAAGGGAAAUCUCGGAUUAUUACGAGUAGUUCCCCUGCCAGUGCCUAGCUCCGAUAGGAUGCCAAUCUCUCCACCAGCUGAUCCAGGAUCGUUUUGCAGAUCUCCAAGGCCUUCCGUUAAACCGUGUUUCCUUUUUGCCGAUUUUAGAGACAACGAGAACCCUACAUUGAUGACAAUUCACAUCCUUCUUACACGUGAACAUAAUCGAAUCGCUCGAUUUCUUCACAGUCUUAACCCAGGAUGGAACGAUGAGCGACUCUUCCAGGAAGCACGAAAAAUCGUGAUCGCUCACAUUCAGCACAUCACGUACAACGAGUGGCUUCCUAUAUUGUUUAGUGAUCACGUGCGGAGACUGAACGGUAUUUUGCUGGAGCCGCGAGGCAAAUUUUUUAAAGGCUACGAUUCAGACAUGGAUGCAACAACGUUCAAUUCCUUAGCCUCAGCCGCUUUCAGGAUGGGCCACUCGCUGAUUCGGGAAACGUUUGGACAGUUCAACAAAUAUUUUACAAGACUGGGUGAGGUUAGCGUCACCAGGUUCUUUGACCCAUCUUCUCUGUACAAACUUGAGAACAAUGGAAUCGACGGUUUAAAUUUGGGGCUAGUCAGAGAACAAGCCCAACAGUUUGAUAGAAACUUUGCUGAAGCUAUACACGAGAGCCUAGUGAUGCCAGGACCUGGGGAUGGUGUCGUUGCAGAUUUGUUGUCCAUUAACAUUCAGCGCGGUCGAGACCAUGGCUUAGCACCCUAUGUCGACUUUCGAGUGGAGUGUGGCGGGAUUGCCAAUACAUUUGACGAUCUACUAGCGGACAUCGAUCCAAGCCAGGUGGCGAGGAUUAAAUCAUCUUACGUCCAAGAUUACAAUAACAUUGACGCAUUUCUUCGAGAUAUUGAUUUAUAUGUUGGAGGCAUUAGCGAGAAUCCGCAGGCUGGGUCUAUUUUGGGACGGACUUUCACCUGUAUCAUCGCCAGGACCUUCCAGAGGUACCGUUUCGGGGAUCGCUUCUGGUACGAGCGCGACGACCCCUACACUGGAUUCACCUUGGAGCAGUUGGACUCCAUCAGACAAGGAAGCUCGCUUGCAAAAAUUAUCUGCGAUAAUUCAGACAAUGUGAAGGAAAUUCAGCCGAGAGUGUUUGAAAAUAGCACAGAUGUGGUUCACUGUGAUGAUAUCCCAUCGAUCAACCUGAAUUUGUGGAAAGAAGAACCAGGAUAUGUCUCCAGAUUAAAGGAAUCUAAAAGUUGCAACGAAAAGGAAUAAACCCGAACAGGACUCGACAUGCCUGUGGAAAGAGACUAGUUUUUUUAACGUUUCUCCGCCAUUUUUGUUAAUAGCAUUUUAUAUAAUCAUUCUCUUUGACAACUAGAUUAUGAGCUCGAGAUUUCUGUGUUAACAACCGCACACUGCUGGUAUACUCAUUAUCUGCAACAGAGUAGAUAGUGGGUAGCGUCGGUAGCCGAUAAGAGAACUGAGCUUUCGUAACAGAACGCUUGUAGAUUUAUACUAAAGAAGUGUAUAACUAAGUGAAAUGUGUAUUUUUUAGAUGCACUAGUAAGCCGUUAAUUGCGCUUGACUCCGUUCCCUUAGAUUGCUCAACGACCACUCUCAUUAUGGCACAAAAUCCUAUUCUGAUAGAUUGAAAUAAAUAGUCUAAAUCAAAAUUAAAAAAGAGACACUUGUGCUUUUAAUGGAAGCACGUUGUGGAACCACCAUUACGUACCUCUGAAGAUCGAAAAAGAAAAAUCACUGGCUUGCCGCUGUGUUAUUGAGCAAAGUAGACCAAGGCCCGUCUACA